AUGACACCUUACUUCGAAGACCUGGACCUAGAUUGGACUCCUGACGACUAUUACUAUACCUAUGAACAAUCCAUCCUGCAAGAGGCCUCCACCACCUCACCAGCCUCCUCUGAGAACCCUGACUGGUAUUAUGCAGAUGAUGACCCAUGCCAGUCCAACCCCUGUGAACACGGUGGCGACUGUGUCGUCAGUGUGGAUAACUUCACCUGUACCUGCUCAGCCCCCUUCUCUGGGAGCAGGUGUCAGAAUGUACAGAACAAGUGCAAGAACAACCCAUGUGGCCGAGGCGAAUGUCUUAUUACCCAGACUUCUCCCUACUACCGUUGUGCCUGUAAACACCCAUACACGGGGCCAAACUGCUCCAAAGUGCUUUCUGUGUGCAAGCCAAACCCCUGCCUGAAUGGUGGCACCUGUACCCGGCAUAAACGGAGAUCCAGGUUUAGCUGCUCCUGUCCUGACCAGUUCAGAGGGAGAUUGUGCGAAAUAGGUCCUGACGACUGCUAUGCGGGAGAUGGCUACUCCUACCGAGGCAGAGUGAGUAGGACAGUCAACCAGAAACCAUGCCUUUACUGGAACUCCCACCUCCUCUUGCAGGAGAAUUACAACAUGUUUAUGGAGGAAGCCGAGGUCCAUGGGAUUGGGGAGCACAACUUCUGCAGAAACCCCGAUAGAGACAAAAAGCCCUGGUGUUUUGUCAAAGCAAAUAGUGAACAGGUGAAAUGGGAAUACUGUGAUAUCUCAGCUUGCCCAGCCCCAGAGGAGAGCCCUGUGGAGCCAUCGAUCAAGGUCCCAGAGUUUGAUUCCUGUGGGAGGACUGAGACAGCUGAGCCGGUCAAGCGGAUCUACGGAGGCUUUAAGAGCACAGCGGGCAAGCACCCGUGGCAGGCCUCCCUGCAGACCUCAAUACCACUGACCACCCCUAUGCCCCGAGGCCACUUCUGUGGGGGAGCACUCAUCCAUCCUUGCUGGGUGCUCACUGCUGCCCACUGCACUGACAUAAAAGCCAAAGACCUAAAAGUUGUGCUGGGGGACCAGGACCUGAAGAAGACAGAGUUCCAUGAGCAGAGCUUUAGGGUGGAGAAGAUCUUCAAGUACAGCCAGUACAACGAACGAGACGACAUUCCCCACAAUGAUAUCGCCCUGCUCAAGCUCAAGCCAGUUGAUGGCCACUGUGCUCUGGAGUCCAGAUACGUGAAGACCAUAUGUUUGCCUGAGGAGCCCUUCCCCUCUGGGACAGAGUGCCACAUCUCCGGCUGGGGAGUGACAGAAACAGGGGAUGGCUCCCGCCAGCUCUUGGAUGCCAAAGUCAAGUUGAUUGCCAACAGGCUGUGCAACUCUCGCCAGCUCUAUGAUCACACAAUCGAUGACACUAUGAUUUGUGCAGGCAACCUUCAGAAACCUGGACCAGAUACCUGCCAGGGUGACUCUGGAGGCCCCCUGACCUGUGAGAAGGAUGGCAUCUACUAUGUCUAUGGGGUUGUAAGCUGGGGCCAGGAAUGUGGGAAGAAGCCAGGCGUCUACACCCAAGUCACCAAGUUCUUAAACUGGAUCAAAGUCACCAUCCAAAGGAAAGCUGGCUUCUGA